GUUUAUGCGAAGUUGAAUCUGGUCAAUCAAAUAUUAUUUUGGAUAUUGAGGAAAGCAGAGGAAAUGCCAUAGAUCAAAAGACAACCCCAGAAGAAUUGCCAGUCUCUGGUGACCCUUACAACGAGACAACCUUGGAACUAAUAUUUCCUGGCAGGCAACCACUUUUUAAAUUAGUUGGGAAAAAACUUCAACUUUUGGAACCACUCGACAGAGAUGACGAGAAUCUAUCACAUGUUGUUUUUCAGUUGAGUUGUACCGUCAAACAGACCAAUAAAAAACGUACGAUACCAGUUAUCGUAAGGGUUUCUGAUAUCAAUGAUAACGCACCUAAAUUCAUCAACACGCCCUAUGAAACAACAGUACCCGAGUUAACACCGGUUGGAUCGACGAUAUUCAAAAAUGUCGUAGCAAUCGAUGCAGAUGCCGGAGUUAAUGGGAUUGUUGAAUACUCAAUUGCACCAAGUGAUGGUACAGGAAUUGGUAACAAUGAUGGUGUCGGUCGUAACAGGAUUACAACUGCCGACGGUUAUGGAUAUUUUAGUAUCAAUUUACCUCAUCAGGGUCAAGUCACUGUUAAUCGUACUCUUGAUUUUGAAAAAACUCAACGUUAUUUGGUCACCAUAUUGGCAUCGGAUAGGGCGUUGAACGUAUCGGAAAGAUUCACGUCUACGACCACCUUGACUGUGAACAUCAGAGAUGACGAUGAUCAAGAUCCAUCGUUCAUCUACCAAGGUUGCAUGCUGUUGGAUGGCGCCUGCAUUAAUCCAGAAUACUCGGCAUCUGUAUCAAGUGGAGUAUUGUCUGGUAUAUUGAACAUAUCACCGGAGAAAAUUCAAGCAGUUGACAUGGACAGCAUAAAUGCUCCAAUUCAUUAUUCAUUUCUCAGUGGAAAUCCAACGAAUUAUCGUGAUUUUUUCGAGAUCAAUCCUAACACAGGUGCUGUAAAACAAAUCAAGGCUGUUGAUACUUCGGUAACGAAAAAAUUCGACAUAAUAAUCAAGGCUGUUGAGGUGUCGGAAGCAAAACGAUCUGCCACGGCGAAGCUGAUAAUCACGGUUAAACCGGUCGACAGCAAUCCUCCGGUGAUCACAGCUUCGAACAACGAGGGUUUUGUCGAUGAGAAUGCACCAGUGGGUACAAAGGUCAUCGAUAAAAAUGCCAAACCAAUAACACUCACCGUAUCCGAUGCAGAUCUGGGUGUUGACGAUCCAAAACCAACAUAUACGUUCGAAUUGACAACGAGUUACUUUUCGAUCGAUCCGUCAGGCGUGUUGAUUGUAAACGAAGAAAAUUUGGAUCGUGAUCCACCGAAUCCUGGUCGUUUUCGUUUUCAAGUUGUCGCUAGGGAAAAAACGGGCAUGGCUGCAUCAGCACCGCUUUCUUUCGUCGUGACGUUGAACGAUGUUAACGAUAAUGCACCUCAUCUUCCUAUGACUGCACCGAUUUCGGUACAAGCAGGUGAAACCAGACGAGAAGUUACCAAGGUCGAGGCAACUGAUAACGAUGAAGGUGAAAACGCAGAAAUAACUUACAGUAUUUAUCACGUUUCCAACAACGGAUUACACAAAUUUAAAAUAGAUCCUAAAACUGGUGUCAUCGAAUCCGUGAGAAAACUUAAUGCGGGAGAACAAUACAGUAUUACAGUACAGGCAACUGACAAAGGUGGUAAAUAUUCACAAACCAUUGUAGAAGUAAAUGUUAUUCCUGGACCUAAUACCAGGAGUCCAGUAUUUCAACAACCAGUUUACGAAGUACAAGUUAGCGAAGGUGCAUCUAUCAAUUCAACCGUUGCCACGAUCACUGCCAUUGACCCGGAAAACGAUCCCGUUUCUUAUUCCAUUGUUUCGGGUAAUGAUCUGAGACAGUUUGCCAUUGGUGACAAGUCUGGUAUUAUAACUGUCAUUAGAAAAUUGGAUAGGGAAGAUUUAACUCGUUAUCAAUUGUUAAUAAAAGCAGAAGAUACGGGUGGACUUUCGAGUACAGCUACUGUCAAUAUCAAGGUCACCGAUAUCAAUGACAAAAAUCCAGAAUUCGUAGAAUUGCCUUAUCAAUUUUCUGUGAAAGAAGGUGAGGCACGUAAAUUGAUAGGUCGAGUUCAUGCCGAGGAUGCUGAUGAGGGUAUCAAUGCGGAAAUUACUUAUUUCGCACCAGACGAUAUUCCAUUUAUGGUUGAUCCUGAAACUGGCGACGUCUUGACGAAAAUUGUUUUAGAUUAUGAACAAAAUGACGAAUACAAAUUCGUGGUUACUGCAAGAGACGGUGCACCUGAUUAUCGGUUGGCAACUGCAACGGUAACUGUCAAAGUGAUUGACGUUGAAGAUGAAGUUCCAAUCUUUCGUCAAAGUAGUUAUGAAGCUCGUGUUAAAGAAAAUGUUCCAGAUUACAUGGUGAUACAAGUUUUGGCAGAUGAUCCAGACACUAAGAAACAAAUCACUUAUACAAUCAAACAAGGUGACACAGAACUUUUUUCUAUAGAUCCAAAAAGUGGAGUUAUACAAACUAUUCGUGGUUUAGAUUAUGAAAGAGAAAAUCAACAUAUUCUUAUUAUUGGUACUGUUGAAAACACUAGUGAUCUUCCUGGUUCUACAACAAGGGUUGUCGUCAAUGUUCAGGAUGUUAACGAUAUACCACCGAUCUUCACCAUGGUACCUAGACCCAUUACUCUUGACGAUGAUUCACCUAUAGGAACGACGGUUAUCAAUCUUGUCGCCACAGAUUCCGACGGCACUGCGCCAGGAAAUCAGGUGAGGUACGAAAUCAUUGGACGUGGUAUUGCGAGCAAAUACUUUGUCAUAGAUCCUGAUACCGGUGUUGUCAGAAUUCGAGAUGAUCUUAGAAAAGAAACUGACACUGAAUAUCAGGUUGACGUUCGAGCAUACGACAUGGGCGAGCCACAAUUGUCAUCCGUGACAACUGUCCCAAUUUUUGUUCGACACGUAGCAACCGUACCGUUAGAAGUUGGUUUAGGUUUUGCCGAGAAUUCCUACAACGUCGAUGUGCCGGAAGAUGCAACCGACGGGACAUUGAUCAAGAUAAUUACGAUCAUCAACAGUCACGCUCACGAUUCGACACCCUUGAAAUGUGAGAUAUACAACGGAAAUGAGAAUGAUUUGUUCGAGGCCAGUAUCACCGAGGAACGUAAUUGUGCCCUAAGAUUGAAAAAAGGUGCUUUGGAUUAUGAAACUACGGAAUUUUAUCAAAUCAAAAUUAGGUUAGAAUCGUUGUCCGGAUUGUUGAAUUCUGGCAGAAAUACAACUAUGGUAAAAAUCCAAGUGAUAGAUGUCAAUGACAACAAACCUGAAUUUAUAUUCCCAGAGGAUGACAACAAGCUCAGAAAUGGUCGAUACUUUGCAGCAAUACCUAAAAACGCUCAAUUUGGUUCUAGCGUUUUACAAGUGAAAGCUCACGACAAGGACAAUGGAAAAUAUGGCAAAUUAGAAUACAAAAUAAUCGAAGGACUCGGUUCGGAAUAUUUCGCGAUAGAUGCAUUUUCUGGUAUAAUUCGUACCACGGCUACUUUUGACAACAUUGAUUCGUCAGAAUUACCAUUCAAAUUUGACGUUAGUGUACGCGACAAUCCAAAUUCGACGAUUAAUUUCAAUAAAAUUAUUGCACCAAUUAUAAUUAAUCUGAUUGGUGAAGAGAAUCUUUUGAUAUUAGUAGUACAAGACGCGGCACCUGAAAUACUACAAAAAGAUUCUAGAAAAAUGGCUAAUAUAAUCGAAGAAAGAAGUGGAUUGUUGAUCGCUAUCGAUAGGAUUACUGUUAGAAAAGUUCGUACGAAGAAUGGUACGAUUGAAACUUAUCCGCAAGAUUCGGACGUUUGGUUUUAUGGGAUUGAUCCUGAGACAGAAUUGAUAUUGGAUCGUAAUAGUUCCAAAGUACAGAGGUUGAUCGUUGAAAGAACUGCGGCAUCGAACAUCACGUUUGACGUGUCAACUUUAGUCAGAGCUAAUGCAAUUGAAAUACACGCGCCAGUAAUGUACGCCGAGCCGGUACGCACGCAAACAGCUGUUGCAUUCAGUGGUGAGGUAUUCCCAUAUGCUCUUAUCAUCAUUGCUUGCGUCAUACUGAUACUUGGAAUAGCUGGGAUCAUCUACAUCUGCGUAUCUUGGUCCAGGUACAAGGCAUACAAGGAACGUAUGCAACGAAUGUACGUUGUACCACGUUAUGAUCCUGUUUAUGUUGAGCCCAAUUUAAAGGAAUACGAGACCCAGGUGUUACAGAUGAGCGUACCAGUUGAUGACAACGACAGUUACAAUGACUUGCAACUCGAUUUCAGCAACAAAAAUCAUGCAUUCAGUUUGGACAACGUUAGUUACAUUACCAAAGAUCAUGGUGGAAGUACAGGCCAACAGAGUCCUGUGAGCUCGGAAGCUGCAACAACCGCUCGUGCAUCGAGCAUAGCUGGGAAUCAUGCCGAGGGUAACGUUCAUUCCCUUAGACGAUCAACACUCGGUCGUAAGAAUCACACAAGCAGUAACAGCAACACCAUGAACAAUCACGAUACAACCACCACACCCGUAUUAAAUCCCCUUUACAAUCAUGCCGGUGAUUUACUCAGUGCUAGUCCCUCAAACGAUAAUGUUACGUUCCGAGAAAAGAAAGAUUAUUCACAUCUCGGUUUUACUUAUUUGUACGAACAAAGUCCCGUAGAAACUACCACUGAAUUGUAAACAAUAACAAUAAUAAGAAAAGAAAAGAAAAGAAAAGAAAAGAAAAAAACACACACACACAAAAUGUUCAACUAUGAUCUACCGGAAUUAUUAUUAUUCUAUUGCGAGAACAAAUGGGGAGGAGGGGAGGGAAAUUAAGUCCCGUAGAGAAACUAUCACUGAUUUGUAAAUAACAAUGAUAAGUAUAACACUAACAAUAGUAAAAAAAAAAAAAAAAAAA